AUGAACAAUAUCAGUGACAUUGUGUAUGAAAACGCAUCAUUCUAGAUGGUUUGUCAAAGUAAGCAUAAUCAAUAAGAGAACACAUACUUCUUGUAUGUUAUAGAUGAUUAUUUGAUCUUGAGUCAAGUAUUUCAUAGAUAAUAAUAGUAAAGGAACUUAAUUCCUAAUAACCGAAAUAUGUUCUUCAAAUCAAUCUUGAAUAAAAAAUCUACUGGAACCAAGAUAAACAAAAAAUAACACAAAUGGGAUUUGAAUACAAAGAGGAAGUUAAGUAUUUUGAUGGUAACUGUGAAGAAUUUAAAUAACUAAAGAGAUUACUAAGAAAUAGAGUAAUGUAUAAAGAUGUGAGUGAUUUCUAUUUGCCUAUGAAAUAAUUAGGAAGAGGAGGCUCUUCAAGAGUACUCUAUUAUAUAUAAUUAAUUAGGUUUAUUUAGUAAUAGACAAAUGUGACAAACAAGAAUUCGCAUCAAAAAAUGUAGAAAAGAAAUAUCUAAAGGAAGAUGGAGGAUUUGUAUAAAUUUAUGUUUAUAUUCUAAUUAGGAAGCAUUGUUUAAUGAAAUAAAUUUGAUGGCAGCACUUAAUCAUGAAUAUAUUGUAAAAUUGGAAGAGGUUUAUGAAGGAGAUAAUACAUUUUAUAUCAUUUUAGAAUACUUAAAAGGUACUUCUCUACAUGAUUUGAUUUCUAAAGGAAUUAUUUAAUUGGGUUGGGAUGAAAUCAAGUCUAUCAUGUUUGUAAUUAAUUCAAGAAUAUUCUUAGGCCAUCUUAACUGCAGUGGCUCAUAUGCAUUCUUUGAAUAUAAUGCAUAGAGAUUUAAAACCAGAAAAUAUUAUGUUUAAGAAACCAAAUGAUAUAAAUGGAUUGAGAAUAGUAGAUUUUGGAUUAGCAACAUGGCAAACUGCUGUAACCUAUCCUUUUCCUAAAUGUGGUACUCCUGGAUAUGUAGCACCAGAAAUUGCCAAUCUCAAAGAUCUUACCUUUAAAUAUGAUAAAAUUUGUGAUAUGUUCAGUGUUGGCUGUAUAUUCUAUAAAUUGUACUAUUAUCCUAACCCUUAGAAUUACAUCUAAAGAUUUAUUCCCAGGAAAUGACUAUCAUGAAAUACUUAAAUUAAACAAGAAAUGUAUAAUAAAUUUAGAUACUCUUAAUAUUUAUUAAACUCCAUAAUCAGCAAUAGAUUUAAUAAAUUAAAUGCUAUAAGCAGUGCCACAAUAAAGGAUUUCAGCUAAGUAAGCAUUAGAUCAUCCAUUUUUUACUGGAACAUUCAUUGAUAGAAAAUAGAAAUUUUAAUCAUCUAAAAAGUAACUUAAUAAUAAUAUUAAACCUUGGUAAACAUCAACUUUCAAAACUGAAAAAUCAGAUAGAUUAUAAUUACCAGAAAUCAAAUAAAGAUCUCGAUAAAAAGAUGAUGAAAAUUUAGAAGAAGAAAACACUAGAGUUAGAGUACCAACCUUAAAUAGUCCUAGAUUAGCAUAACAUGCAAAAAAAAAGAACUUGGCUCUUAAUGAAAAUUCACCAACUGAAUUUCCUAAGAAAAGUGUUUUUAAGAAAUUUUCAACUUAAGAUUUUGAUCCAUUAACACCAGAUACUUAAUCACCUGAUUCUGGAAGAUUGAAUUUUAGUAAUAGUCCUCGACUUAUUUAAUAAAGUGUUAUCAAAAGAAAAUUCACAUACUCGAAAUUCAAUUAAUAAAGAUAAUAAGCCAUAUAUGAAGUUGAUGACGAAUAAAAGCAUUGA